CCUGGCUUAGGUGAAGAUGCGCUGGUUGAACACAAUUUUUAUCGUUCUCUUGGUCUCUUUACAGGGACCCGAGGGCGUCCAAGGGCAAGCCGACGGAGACAUUCGCCUUAAAGACGGAGAUACUCAAUACCAAGGCCGCGUUGAGAUCUACCAUAAUGGGGAGUGGCGGAGGGUAUGUGAGGAGGGGUGGGGACUUAAUGACGCCAAAGUCGCAUGCAGACAGCUAGGCUACGAGGGCACCCAUACUGCGUAUAACAACCAUAACCCCCGAGGCACCGGGUCCUUUUGGGUGUCUAAUCUGAACUGCGCCGGUACUGAGGACCGCUUGGCUCAGUGUUCGUCCCUAGGUUGGGGCACUAUCAGCUCUUACUGCGGCACCGGAGACUACGACGAUGCUGGGGUCAUCUGUAAAGCACCCGGCGAUGGUGCCGUUCGCCUGGUGAACACCACUAGCCCCUACGAAGGCCGUGUUGAGGUGUACUAUGCCGGGGAGUGGGGACGUGUGUGUGAAUACAACUGGUAUUACAAUGAUGCCAAGGUGGUUUGUAGGCAGCUUGGAUUUAGUGGGGCUCAUACGUCAUUUCAUUCCUGGAACCCCAGAGGCACCGGUAAAUAUUGGAUUUACAACUUAAACUGUGGAGGAACAGAGUCCAAUAUAACCCAGUGCACUCACGGUGGAGUUGGCGUUGUUAAUUCCGGCAAUUGCAGACAAGACAACUACGACGACGCUGGGGUUAUAUGCCACGGAGAGGGUGAUGGAGAUUUGCGUCUUAUUAACUCAUCAAAUGCGUACGAAGGUCGCUUGGAAAUCUUCUAUUCCGGGAGAUGGGGAAGAGUUUGUGACUACGGCUGGGACUGGACUAGUGCCAACGUUGCGUGCAAACAGCUUGGUUUCACCGGAGCCCAUACACACGUAUUUAAUAUGUCACCGCGGGGGACAGGUAUAUUCUGGAUACAAGAUUUGAAUUGUCAGGGAUCUGAGGCGUCCCUGGCGGAUUGCCUUCAUGACGGCGUUGGUAGUGUCAGCUCAACUUAUUGUUCCCAGACUGCGUCAGAAGACGCCGGCGUUCUGUGUAAAGGGCCCAAUGACGGAGAGGUGAGAUUGAUCGGCGACACCCAAUAUUUUGGUCGAGUUGAGAUAUUCUAUGCAGGAGGCUGGGGGAGAGUGUGUGAAAAUUGGUGGUCCCUGAACGACGCCAAAGUGACCUGUAGACAGCUUGGCUUCAGUGGAGCGCUGAAUUACUGGACAUCUUGGAUACCGAGGGGGACCUCUAGGGUGGUACUUGACCAACUAAACUGUGCCGGUACAGAAAGCAGACUGGACGCCUGUACUCACGGAUGGAUAGGCUACCCCAGUUCUACUUACUGCUCACAAACCUCUGCCGUGGACGCCGGCGUUGCCUGUGAAGCGCCCGACGAUGGCCAACUUCGUCUGGUGGACGGUAACGGCUACAACAGCGGCCGUGUUGAGAUCAAGUUUGCCGGAGUAUGGAGGCGCAUUUGUGACUGGAGAUGGGGAAGCAACGACGCUGCGGUUGUAUGUCGUCAGUUGGGGUACAGCGGAUAUGUAAGGGCCGCAACAGGUUGGUCCCCCAGGGGAAGUGGGUUAUUUUGGUUGUACAAUGUUGGCUGUCUGGGAUCAGAGACCAACCUCACGGACUGCACUCACGGUGGAGUUGGGGUAUAUAGCACCUAUUACUGCGGGUCAAGCAGUUACGAUGACGCUGGCGUUUAUUGCCAGGGAUAUUUACCGGGUGUAACUCCCACAACUGCAAUUACGACCACCACAACCACCACAACAACGACAACCGCUGUAACCGGACCUAGGUGUUAUUCUUGCUUAGGCACCUCAUCGUGUAGCGGAUCACAGAGCACUUGGUAUUACUACAGCUCUUACACCACGUGUUCUAAUGGAUAUGUUUGUCAUACUACGGCCUCGGCGUACAGCAGUUACAAUCUCUUCUACAGUUCGUCCUCCAUUGCCUACAGCUACAGCCGCGGGUGCCGAAGUCGGUCACUUUGUACCAGUCAGGAGCUGCAGGGUAAUACUUGCACAGGAAGUGGGACCAGUAAGGUCUGCAGGCAGUGCUGCACUACUAACUACUGUAAUAGUGGUAGACUGGAUACGUCCCAAAGCAGCAUCAACAACAGAGGGCGCGGUGUCCAAAGUGACGGCUUUACCGUCUUCUGCCUGCUUUUGUUCUUUGUCUUUGCCUGAGAGAAAGACAUACAAUGCACGCUUUACAUCUAAAUUUAAAAUCAAAAAUUUAAUUCCUCUACUAAUUUCAACACUUUUAGAUUAUUCAAUAGGGUAUAACAAACUUAAAGGCAUUCACCGAUAUAUGACCAAAUAACCAUUUUUGAUGACGAUUUUUUGUAUCUAAUUUUUAGCAACUCCUCGUUAAGGAGAAAAGACUGUUAGAGUUCAUUCCCAUUUACACCAUCGUCAAUCGGUCUACGUAGAUCGAUCCGUGGGUAGCAUCAAGUUCAAUCUUCUCAACAGACGCAUUUCAAUGGUCUUAAAAUAAGGAAGGAGAGCUCCCAUAUGACAUGAAGGACCUGAGUACUGACUUGCAGUUUAAAACUAAAGUGAUUAUUAUAGGCAUUACCUACCAUCUACCAGGGCGACAGAUUGAUUUUCCACAGAUAUUCGUAGUAUG